CUAGUGCAACACAAUUUAUUGAGCGCCGUACCUAAUUACGUAUGUAUUAACACUAAACAGUUAAUAGCCGAUAUUUAAGAGGACGAAAAAUCAGCUUCGAUUCCAACUUUCUUGAAUGUUCCCGCGCGAGAUCAUUUGAAUUUUGAUCGAGAAGUGGAAUUGAAUUUUAAAUUUGCAAUGUACAUCGCCUUACUAUUAUUCACCCUGUUACCCAUUCUACAUACGAAACCUGUAACAGAUAAUUUUCCACAGACCAUACCAAACAAAGAACAUAAUACUAUCGAGAAAAGCAGAGUUAAACGUGCCGUAACAUAUCAGCAAAAAACAACCAUUCCAACACGUGCAAACGGAUGUGAGUACAAUGGUGUGUUCUAUCCACCAGGAGAAAUAAACAGGGAAACAGAUAACCAUGGUUGGUGUGGCGGUCUUUAUUGUUCCUGGGAUGGAAACAUCUUGGCAUGGGAUGAUUGGAAUUGUAGGCCUACGGAUACCACCGCAAAACUACUAGCCACCACUGUCCCACAAUAUACCUCUGCAGUCCCAUUAGAUACCAAUGCAGUCCCACUACAUAGCACCUUAGAGCCACUAGAUACCACCGCACACCCUUUACAUACCAUCCCAGAUCCUCUAGAUACCACCUCAGACCCACAAUAUGCCACCUCAGACCCACAAUAUACCACCACAAACCCACUAAUUACCUCUGCAGACCCUCAAGACACCAAGACUAGAACAACUACUAUGACCAAUACACGCACGAAAGAAUUUACAAUUGGUGUACUAACUUUACCACAAGCGAUAAAACUGGAAAACAAAAGCACACCCACAACAAAUAUAUCUAACAAGGCAGAAUCUGCAACUGAAAUUUCAACCACUUCAGUGAUGUUUAAUAUUCGUGAAAAGACUACAAGAAGAGGACACGUGACAAAAAAGUCAAAACAGCUUUCGAUUAUUUCUGAGCUGACAACAUCAGCUCUCACAAAAUCAGAAAAGUCAUCAAAAGGAAGGUCUUCGCCAGAUAUAUUUGGUGUGUUCACGACAGCUACUUCAAAUAACAAAGAAUUUGGCGAACACAAAAAAUACAAGACAACUCAUAGUCAAGCUAGUUUUAAAAAGCCUACUUUAACAUCAACAAAAAUCUACACUGGAAUGGCUCGUGUAGGGACAAAUGUUCAUUAUACAAACUUCAAAAAAUCUCUGUCCUCACUUCCAUUUGUCUCAGACUCUACAGCAAAGGCCAGUAGCACUGUAUCAUCAACAACGAGAGAAAAUAUAGGAUGGUGUUUUUUCAAAGGACGCUAUUUUGAGGAUGGUGACAUCAUUUCUCGGAUUCAUCAUGGAUGGAACUGGUGUUCAGGCUGGCGUUGCAACCAAGGCGAAGUGGAUUCCUGGGUUGAUUACAACUGCCCAAAUCCAACUACUCUGCCUCUGAGUACACCCACGACAACGAACGAAUUAGUGUGCUUAUAUAAAGGAGUACAUUACAAAGAGGGCGAGUUAAUCAACAGCGAGGGAAGUGGAGAUUGUACAAUGUUCUACUGUACCGCGGGCACCAUCGUUCCUCUCGAAGGAAGUGGCGAUUCUAGCGACAGCACAUCUAAAACGUUUGGAUCGAGUACCACGACUUCCAAAAGUAAUAUACGCUCCACUGAUGUGAAUAACCUUGAUACAUUAUCAACAAAACAUCUUAUUCAUCACACAAAUAUACAACCUGAAACAACAACCAAAGUACCAGCAAAAUCAGAUAAAAACUCAAAAGAAACGAUCCAGGUUUUGUCGAGAACAGAAACACCUCCAUCUUUUCUAACUGCUCCAUCAAGUACUAUGAUAAUGGCUGAAAACUUUACAGAAAGUUCGUCAGCGGUUGUUUUGAUCAAAUCUAAUGAGACUGUAACGAUAGCGCCACGAACUACAAAAGUUACUGUCACGCCAAACACGAACGAUGAGUUGUACAAAACAGAAAUUGAUAAAAUAUCAACAACAGAAGAAAAUUCAUUUAUAGUUAAGCCACCUAGGCUUUGUUUUCACAAAGGAAAUACCUAUGCGGAAGGUGAUAUGGUUUCAGAGAAUUUUGAAGAAGAUGACUGGUGUUCAGGAUGGAUUUGCAAAGACCAGAAGAUGGUACCUAUUGAUUGUAUAAGUACAUUUAAGGAUCGUAAGGAUAAAAAUAAAAUUGCUCAACCAAUCACUCCAAAUAACUUGCCCAAUCCCGAACCUUCUAUAUGUUUGCACAAAGGAAGAUACUACGAAGAAGGGGAUGUAGCAACGAUUGGGGAUAAUUGGUGUACUUAUUUGAUAUGCAAGAACAGAAAGAUGUUGAGUUUGAGUGAUUGUGAAGCAAAUGUAAACAAAACCAAGCAUUCUUCAAGGCAAUCAAAAGCUACGUCUGAAACUUACGAAAGCUCCUACGAAAGUACACACGAGUCCUUAAGAAGCACGAAAGUUAAGACCACAAAGACAUCGACCAUCAUUACAGGCAAUAAUAUAUCUACAAGUGCGUCCUCAAGGAAAAGUUUCAAAGCAACUCAUUCCAAUUUCAGGUUAUUAAAGAAGGAGUCACAACCAUCGAAAACUGAUGAACUGUCAAAAAAGAAAACAAUGAUCCGGCCCAGCUUGAAAGAAACGCCAAAUACACAAAUGGCACCCCUCAAAACAACUGAACAUAGUGGAAAAGUAUUUCUUAAGCUGAUAGCAACUCUUCCUCUCUUAAACACAACCCCAAAAGAAACGGUCUCGCCAUUACGCACAUCGAUAAAGAAUGACAUUAAAACUAAACACCCAAACACCGCUGCACACACUACAAAUGCUGGAAAAAGAACAACACCACCUGAAACGCAAAACUGUUUUUAUGAAGGCAAGCUAUAUCCACCGGGUGAUGUUACCAAGGGUGUCCUAAGGGACGGCCGCUGUUUUGGAGUAGUUUGUGACAUUUCUGGAGUAAUAAUUCAAUGGGUGACAGCUUUGUGUGAGGCAACAGAGCCUCCAACACCAGAGUUUCGAUCCAGUCUACCUGGGUGUAUAUAUCGUGAUAAAUAUUACCCUCCUGGAAUAGUGACUCGUGUACUUGAUGGAAGUAAUUGGUGUGUAAACGUUGUGUGCACAAACCAAGGUAAUAUUGUCACGAUGAACAGCAUCAACUGCUACAGAACAACGACAGUAAAAACCACAACUCCACCAACAAUGAAACCAAAAUCAUGUUUGUACAAUGGAAUGAUGUAUCCUGCAGGAGUAAUAACUCAAGGUAUCGACAAAACUGGGUGGUGUUAUAAAGUAGUUUGUGAAGAAACCGGACAUUUGUACAUGUGGGGGGACUGGAACUGUCCUUCGACAACCACAACCACACAACCACCAUUACCACGCAACCAAACUCAUGUGAUUACAACGGUAGAAAUUAUCCGGUGGGAGAAAUAACACGUGGGAAAGAUGAGUCGGGAUGGUGUUAUGGAGUGAAUUGCAGAGCUGACGGUCAAGUUGUAAUGUGGGGUAGCUUUAGAUGUACUAAACUGUAAAAUUGUGGUUUAGUUUUAAAUGUAGUAAAAUAUAAUAUGUCAAAUUGACACUAACAUAUAUGUAUACAUUUCUAUUUUUCGACGUUUGAUGUGUAUGCCAUUUUUCUAAUCUUUCUGAAAGAAAGAUAAUUGAUCUUUGACGAAUCAAUAUGAGAGUCAUCAAAUUUCAGAAAAAAUGAAAAAAAAACACCGAAGAGUUCGAGGAGAAAAAUGAAAAAAUCGCUGCAUAAAAAUGACGUCGCUAAUCAAAAAAAUUUCAAAGCCUUUCUAUAAACAUCAAUCUGAAAUAACACUUGUGAUGACUGUGUUACACCAGAGCGCAAUAAAUAUAUCAAAAAAACAUGCAUGAUCUACAAUACCUGCUAAAAAACUCAUGUAAAUAAAUUAAAGUAAUAUUGAAAAUGACUAA